AUGAGUAAUCCUGCUGCCUACAAGGUAAAAUCUCAAGAAUCCGAAGAACAACGUGUUGAGCUUAUUCAACCAACUCAACUUCAAUGGAUGACAAAUCCAACAUCAGCGCCCGGACUAGGAUAUUUAGCCGAUGUUGACUAUUUAGCUGCAAGACAGGACAGAAGCAUAUCACAAAUGAUUACUGGCUUAACAAGUGCACAAAAGUUUCGAAUUAGCAAUAGUUUAGGACAAAUAGUCUAUUUUGCAUUUGAAGAAUCAAGUACAUUAAUGCGAUUGUGCUGCACAAAUAACCGUUCAUUUGUUUUACAUAUUGUUGACAAUGCGAGUCAGGAAGUAAUACGAAUACGUCGUAAAUUUAAAUGUUGUGCUGGAUGCUGUUGGUGUGCAUGUGUUGAUUGCUGCGCUCAUGAAGUAUUUGUUGAAUCACCACCCGGAACUGCUGCUGGAUCAGUUCGACAAGAGUAA